UUUAUCAGAUAUAAAGUCACUCCACGUGACAUAUUAUGGCUGACAUGAUUUGCCACAAGGUUUAUGAAUUAUUAAUGAGUAUUUUAAAUUGAGUUGUCCACCAUCUUGGAUUUUUAUUAGAUCAUUGAAUGGUGAUGGAAUGUUCAACUACAGAAUGGUGUUUCCGUUCGAAUAUUCAAAAACUAAACACAGAGUCAUUGUUAUGAAAAAAGUACGUAUAAAAUAUGCAAGGUUUGCGAGUUGAUCGUUUUCACGAUGGGGUUGCAAAAUCUUUAAAUUUAAACUAAACCAAUUAUUUUGUGUGUAUUGAUGUUAUGUACUCAGGUCAAUAUGGUGUUUGCGAUGUUACUCUGAGUAUUCAUCCACACAGGGCAAGCUGAAAAGUUUGCUUGGCCACGGUGGGAAUCGAACCCGCGACCAUUGGGAUACUAGUCCAAUGCUCUGCCAACUGAGCUAUGUGGUCAAGUCGGUUCAAGUUCAUGAUAUCCGCUGUGGAUGAAUACUCAGAGUAACAUCGCAAGCAUCAUCUUCACCUGAGUACAUAACACCAACACACACAAAAUAUAACAUCAUAGAAUACACUGAUAUCGAAGGAACUAGACUCAGUUCCGAAAUAUCAUCAACUCAAACCGACUUGACCACGUACAGGGUAGCUCAGUUGACAGAGCAUUGGCUAGUGUCAUAGAUAUCUUAUAUAUAUACACUAGAUAGUGCAUCUAAUUAUUCUACACUUCAAAAAUUGAAGCCGUGAUUGCAGACUCAGGAUAUUCCCAUGAAAUGAGAAGACUCGUAUGUUUUCUAUUUCUUAAACAGGGAACUUAAACAUUAAGUUAAACCUAUUCCAAAUACAUUUUCAAACUGUUCAAAUGAUGCAAGUUAUUGUUGUUUUUUAAGCGUUUAUUAGCGAGUGGGAAACUCCAACAUGGACGCCAUCUAUUCAAAUGAGGGUAACCGCUGGAAUAUUCUUGGCUUCAAUUUUACUAAACGAGAUGCGCUAUCUAGUGUACAAGAUAUCUAUGACUAGUUUUCCAAAGGUCGCGGGUUUGAUUCCCACCGUGGCCGAGCAAACUUUUCAGCUUGCCCGGUGUGGAUGAAUACUCAGAGUAACGUCGCAAACAUCAUUUUCACUUGAGUACAUAACACCAACACACACAAAAUAUCAUAUCAUAGAAUACACUGAUAUCGAAGGAACUAGACUCAGUUCCGAAAUAUCAUCAACUCGAACCGACUUGACCACGUAGCUCAGUCGGCAGAGCAUUGGACUAGUAUUCCAAAGGUCGCGGGUUCGAUUCCCACCGUGGCCAAGCAAACUUUUCAGCUUGCUCAGUGUGGAUGAAUACUCAGAGUAACAUCUAACCAAUUAGCUGGCUGUCUCAUAUUUUCUUAGAUAGCUGUUAAAAGUGUCCAUCGAAAUUAUUACUACCGAUUGCGGUAUUAUCCUCAACUUGAUACUUAUGGGAUACUUAUGACCAGUCCACUUGUCAAGUAUAAAGAGAUUUUUAUCGGCUGGAAGGCUGUACAUGUUUUCAUCUUCAACCAUAUCGUAGCAUUUUCCUUCGUGUCGAAGUCAUUAGUUCCACUAUUAACUGAAUUGGAAAUGAAUUGGAAAACGCCCUAACCAUAAUCAGCUUUAAUUUGAUAUUUUCGGCAAUCGUUGCCGAAAAUUAAACGGUUUUACGGACUUGUCAUAAAGUAACUGCUAGGGUGGGCUGGAGGUAAAUCACAAAUUUUGCCAAUAAGCUUGGUGACCCAUCUUAGGAUGGACCCAUCUUAGGAUGUAGAUAAAAAUUUCAGAGCCCAUCUAAUCUUGCCAAAUUUAUUUCAUGACCCACCCACCCAAUCUAAAUUGGGAGUAUACAAUUUUAUAAUAAAAAAAAACUUGCAGGUAUGAACAUUGUAAAUAUACACCGGCACUGUAUUGACAUACAUAAUUCCACUAAGCUUGACCAACACAUUCAUCAACAAUUACGAUAUACUGAGCUGCUCUCCAGUUGGUUGUAUUUGCUGUGAUUCAACCACUUCUUGUUGUUGUAUAAAACCAAAUACUGGCUUCAAUAUCUUUAUAUAAUAUAUAAUUAACAUGGGUUUUUGUCUGGUGGCCCAACCGUGGACAUACCAAAAAAUUGGCGGCCCAUCGAAACUGCCCAAAGAUUUUCCAUGGCUCAUCCCAAAUCACUCCAGCCCACCCUAGCAGUUACUUUAUGACCGCUUCCUUAACUCUCGACAACGAUCGCGGAAGAUAUCAAAUUGCAAUUUGGUUGCCGCAUGAUACACGUGGGAUUUCUUUUCUCGCGUCGGAAACGGCGCAAUGAAAUUCGAGCCGUUUCUUUCCCAGAGCAAGGAAAAACGACACUUGUAACACAACAUUUAGUUCAAAGUUAUGUUGAACCUCAGUAGUGACGAUAUAAGAAUCACAUUGAGCAAGUAGCUUCGUAACUUCAAUUUUAGAUUUUUGCACUAUAACAUAAAAACGGAUUUUGGUUUAAUACUUUUCGAAAGGCAAAUAUUUAAUAAUUAUCCAAAAAUCAAGCGCUAAUAUGCCAGUCUGUUGGCAAUCUUUAACAACGGUUUGAUUUAAUCAUUGAUCAUUGUAUUCCGUUUCAAUUUGGCCCGCGGAUGUGUCAGGUUAUAUUGAGCCUGCAUGCACUGAAGUUAAAUCCUUCCUCGAAAUACGGCCAAGCAUAUUGAAAAACAAAUUGAUCUUGUUGUUUUCUUCUUUUUCCAGGCGCACUUUUUGAGUCUCCGUAAAUAUGCAGAAGAAAUACCACCGCAACUAACUGUGGAAAUUUGGGACAAUGAUUUGUUGAGCAUGAACGAUUUCAUUGGUAUGCAAUUUUAAAUUAUGAGAUAAAUAGACCAUAAGCCAAAUCACAGUCUCGACAAAAACACAUUAGAAUAUGCAUGCAUCAUGAAAGUGUUCAACCGUCUCGUCGUCAUUUGAAAAUGCAAAACGUUGCUCUAAGAAAUCUUCAAUUGGAAAAUCUUAGAAAUAGGCCGUGAUUAUAUAAAAUUGGUCCUCAUAUAUGCACUAUUAAAUAAUUUAACUGCAUGCACCUAAUGUAAAUGGAUUAUUCUCGGAUAUUAGCGAUUGUCCUAUUUCGCACGAUUUACGAAAUAUGUAAUGACACCGAUUGGUUUAGUUCUGCCAAUGCCCAAAACCAUAGCCUAUCAAAGGGAAGAUGGCUGUGAAACUCAUUACAAUAACAAUAUGCCAACGUUUAUUCAUAAAUCUGGUCCUUCACCGUCACGUGUGUAUUGUAUUUUUGCCCAAUUAACCAAUAGCAAUGUUUUAGGAAAGUUACCUAUCCAUGACUCGAACAAUAUAGGGAAAUUGGAAAUUGUUAUUGGUGGAUUUGGCAAAAAUACAAUGCACACGUGACGGUGAAGGACAAGAUUUAUGAAUAAACGUUGACCAACAUAGAUAAUGAGUUAUUUUGUUAUUGUAAUGAGUUUCACAGCCAUCUUCCUUUCGAUGGGCCAUGCUUUAACUGAGUCUAAAAAGAGACGUUUUGGUUACAACGGUGUAUUUCUUUGCAAUAAUUUACCUAAGUUAAUGUAAAAAAGGCCAUGACCCCUUGCAUGCAUGAUGUCAUUUUACUACAGCUAACAGAAAUUUAUGAAAUAAAUUGAAAACAGUGAUUCUUUUACUUACGACGCUUUGGAACAGCUGAAAUUAGAUGUGGAAAAGAAACUAAUUUCAUUAUGGCACAGUCGAGCCUUUAUUAAGCGGAUACCUUCGGGACCUCGCCAAUAUGUCCGUUAAGGGGGAUGUCCGCUUUCAAUGUAUCUGGGCGGUUGAGAAACACAAAAUAAUACUUAAAUAUUGUCAAUUUAAAUACAAUUAUCAUUGAUGCUGUAAAAUUGACGCCAUAUUUAUAUACAGCAAUAUAAGCAAAACUUACUGAACUUUUGAACUGAACAUCCAAAAUAUCUUCAUUGUGGCAUAAUUUUGCAGAUGAAGCACUAAGCAUACUUUUUAAGUACUAUUUAAAGCAUAAGCACGACGCGUAGCGGAGUGUUUUAUACGUGAUAAAACACGACUACAAGUGCUUUAAAUAGCUUCAAAAACGACUCAUCUUAUAGGAGUUAAUUGGCGAAGUAAUUUUAAAAAUAAACUUUGUCUAAACCGAGAAAAUCAAAGCUAAAGUUUAUGCAAAUUAACGUGAUUUUUUAUCACAUAUAAAACCACGACACGCUUAUGAUUUUUCUUUGUGUUUUGCUCCUGAAUUAUUAAUGAGUUUUUGAAGUGUGUUUCCCGCUUGAGAGACGUUAUCACGAAUUAAAAACUGGAUAUACUAGUCAUUACCAAGUGGAGAAAUAUAUUCGAUAGGUUUGAACGCGUGUUACGGAACAUGCAAAAGAUUCUUCUCUUAGUAACAACUUUGUGUCUAGUGAAUUUUCUUCAAAUUGAUUUCCAUCAUUGAUUGUUAUGAAAAUUUGUUUCAGCAGCUAGCAUAUUUACAUUCAUCGGUUUCGUUUGCCCGCUUACGAGGAGUUAUUCGGCUCAUUGUGAACGUUUUAGUAAAUAAAUCAUUGGGAUCGUAGGUAUUAGUGUCCGCUAAAGAAAAGGGUGUCCGUUUCAGAGAGGUAUCCGUUGAUAUGGGUUCCACUGUCGUUUUUUUUUUAAUUGACAUAUAAAGUGCCCUCAAAUCGAUACCGCAGUCUUUGUUUAUCGAUGAUAAAGUUACAUAAUGUCCAAUUUUUAAGGUAAUGUGGUACUGAACUUGCACAAAUUACCCAAACCAUAUGGCAGGGCGAAAGAUAUUAAAGAUUGGCCGUUGCUAUCAGAUGAAGCCAACUGCAAUUCGUUGUUUGAGAAAGAAAGGGUGAGAGGUUGGUGGCCAGUAGCUGGGAAACCGAAGGAUGGUCCGAAGGGUGAAAAGAAAUCUGAUGAAUUGGUUUUAAAGGUAAGCAGAUAUUAA